GAGCCGAGCGCUCGCAGCAGACGCAGCCGCAAAGCAGCAGCAGCAGCAUGUGCUCCUCCGAGCGAGCAGUCUCGGGGUGCACGCUCAUCCUCGAAGCAAGUCUGGCGGCCUACGCUGGUGCUGCUGUGCCUGUGCUGACGCUUGAGGGUGGACCUGCUGCACCUGUCGCUGUGUGUUCCCACGGCGACGCCUCCGAUGCGCCCGACCUCUGCUUUUUUGAGUUGCCCGCAGGCACGCGCAGAUUUCUGCGCGCGGCGGCAAGGAAAGUGCAGGCUGGAAGAUGAGGCAGGGGAGCAGCGUGCGCCGCACCCCGGUGCGACUCCCGCAAGCGGCGCGCGCCGUCUUCUUGUGCGCGCGAGUUCUGCUGCGCCGCGCGCGCUCUGCCGGGCGCUGCUGCUGCAGCGUGUUGUCACUGGCGCGCCCCUCCUGCCUGCCGUCUCUCCACCACCACGUCCCCCCCUUUCCCUCAAAACCCCGUCCUCGCAGGCCCUCGCCGCGAGCUCCAUAAGCCUCACAAGCACAAAAAACAAGAAAAAAGUUCAAAAUCGCAAAAAGCCAAAGGGAUCGCCGCGAUCCAUAAAAGCUCUCUCUAGCUCCAUCACUUCACGACAAACCUCUCUUCCCUUUUCCUCUAUCCCCCUCCCCUCUUCCUCCACCAUGUCUGCCACCAACUCUCCCGCCGCUGCGGCCACGGAGCUGCCCAAGCCUGCCGAGCAGCCGGCUGCCGGCGAGGCUGCCGCUCCGGCUGCCGCUGCUGAGGCCGCGCCCGCCGCCGAGGGCGAGAGCAAGGGCGAGGCGACCGGCUCGCCCGCCCCCGCGGCCGCUGCUGCGCCGCGCGAGCAGAGCAGCGCCAACAGCAACAGCAACAACGGCCAGCAGCCCAACACGUCGCUGUACGUCGGCGAGCUCGACCCCUCCGUCACCGAGGCGAUGCUCUUCGAGAUCUUCAACAUGAUCGGCCCCGUCGCCUCGAUCCGGGUGUGCCGUGACGCCGUGACGCGCCGCUCGCUCGGCUACGCCUACGUCAACUUUGUCAACUCGGCUGACGGCGAGCGUGCCCUCGAGGCGCUCAACUACUCGCUCAUCCGCAAUCGUCCGUGCCGCAUCAUGUGGUCGCAGCGCGAUCCCGCGCUGCGCCGCACCGGCCAGGGCAACAUCUUCAUCAAGAACCUCGACGAGGCGAUUGACAACAAGGCGCUGCACGACACCUUUGCCGCCUUCGGCCACAUUCUCUCGUGCAAGGUGGCCAUCGGCGAGAGCGGCAGCCUCGGCUACGGCUUUGUGCACUACGAGACCAACGAGGCCGCCGACGCCGCCAUCAAGCACGUCAACGGCAUGCUGCUCAACGACAAGAAGGUCUUCGUCGGCCACCACGUGCCCAAGAAGGAGCGCCAGCAGAAGAUCGAGGAGGCCAAGGCGCGCUUCACCAACGUGUACGCCAAGAACGUCGACCCCGAGGUGACGCAGGAGCAGUUCGAGGAGCUCUUCUCCAAGUUCGGCCCCGUCACGUCGUGCGCGCUCUCGUUCGACGACGAGGGCAAGAGCCGCGGCUUCGGCUUCGUCAAUUACGAGAACCACGACGAGGCGGCCAAGGCCGUCGACGAGCUGCACGACAGCGAGUUCCACGGCCAGAAGCUCUUCGUCGCGCGCGCGCAGAAGAAGAGCGAGCGCGAGGAGGAGCUGCGCCGCUCGUACGAGGCGGCCAAGAACGAGAAGCUCUCCAAGUUCCAGGGCGUCAACCUGUACCUCAAGAACAUCCCCGAGGACUUCGACGACGAGCGCCUGCGCGAGGAGUUUGCCGCCUUCGGCAACAUCACCUCGUGCAAGAUCAUGCGCGCCCAGUCGGGCGUGUCGCGCGGCUUCGGCUUCGUGUGCUACUCGGCGCCCGACGAGGCAAACAAGGCCGUGACGGAGAUGAACGGCAAGAUGCUCGACAACAAGCCGCUCUACGUCGCGCUCGCGCAGCGCAAGGACGUGCGCCGCCAGCAGCUCGAGGCGCAGAUCAUGCAGCGCAACCAGCUGCGCCUGCAGCAGCAGGCCGCCGCCGUCGGUGCCAUGCCCGGCUACCCCGGCCAGCCCAUGUACGGCUACCCGCAGCCGGGCUUCCCGGGCCAGCCUGGCCCGGCCGGCAUGGCGCCGCGCCGCUACGCGCCCGCCGGCAUGAUGCCGCAGGGCAUGCCCAUGGCUGCGCCCUACGGCCAGCCGCCGGCGCAGUUCCCGGGCCAGAUGAUGGGUGCGCCGCAGCCCUACCGCGGCGCACCGCGCCCGCCGCGCGGAGCCCCCGGCGUCGGUGUGCCUGCGGGCGUGCCGCCGCCGGCCGGUGCCCGCCCGCCGGCGCCCAUGGGUGCGCCCAACGGUGCGCCGCGUCCCGGCCAGGCGGGCCCGCCCGGCGGAGCCCCCUCGCCCGGCCGUGGCCUGCCCAGCGGCGCGCCCGGUGCGCGUGCGCCGGCCGGCCGUGCGCCCGUCUCGCCGCAGCCGCAGCCGGCCCUCACGGCCGCUGCGCUCGCCAACGCCGGCCCCGAGGAGCAGAAGCAGAUGCUCGGCGAGGCCAUCUACCCCAAGAUUGCCGCGCAGCACGCCGACCUUGCCGGCAAGCUCACGGGCAUGAUCCUCGAGCUGCCCAUCUCCGAGCUGCUGCACCUGCUCGAGGACCAGACGGCCCUCGAGGCCAAGGUCAGCGAGGCGCUCGACGUGCUCCGCGAGUUCGAGGCUGGCGGCGAGCAGCAGUAAGGAGCGGCCGCUCCUCUCUUCCUUUUCCUUUCCUUCCUUUCCUCUUCACUUGUAAUUUCUACCCCAAAAGAGAGUUGAAACGAUAGCUCGGAUGACCUCAGCAUCUCUAGUAGCCCUGCUCUACGUCGACCACA